AUGUUGGGUUGGAUGCUGAGACGCGGCGAGGACGCGCCUAACGCUGUCAACGACGGUGACACUACUCAGAUCGAUGCGCCCGAUACCCCUGCCCCAGUAUUUGCUGCAAGAGCUUUCAAGAGCGCCUUGUUUGGAACCCCGGCGCGACCGAGCGACAACCAAGCCACGAGAGCAGCCAAACAAAAGAACAUGAAGACGGAAGCAGUCUCUCAGACACCGCCUCGACCCCAGGGCAUUCUUUUGACCCCGGGCACGGGAACCACGAGGAGGAAGCGCGUGUCAUUUGGACAGGACGUCAAAAAGACCAAUGAUCUUAAUGUGAUCCAUGAGAACGAGACACGCCAUCGCACGCGCCUGAACGAGGCUCUGGAAAAGGCAUCGCGAUCCGCAGCUCAGGAGGCUGCGACGCGACGAAAUCAGGAUGACACCUCAGACGACGAGUGGGAAGAAGCCGACGACGAGGAUUGCUGCACCCACGACAUCACGAUCGACCUGAACGAGCCGCACUCACAAUCCGGGAAGUACUGGAAGGAGGAGUUCGAAAAGUAUCACGACGAGGCCAAGAUCGAGAUGGAGAAAUUGCUCAAGUACAAGCAGCUGGCAAAGUCAUAUGCCAAGCAAAAGGACGCCGAGGCCAGUGACCUUGCCGUCAAGCUCAAGGAAGAGCAGCAAAAGGUGAUUGAGAUGGAGAAGCAGAUUGCUGAGGGCGCGUCUCGGAUCGCAUCGAAGCGAGAUGAUCGAUCGGACGAUGUUAACUCUGAGCUCCUAUCAACUUUGACGAAACAAACCGCUUUGGCAGUGCAGUAUCGAACUCGUGUCCAAGAACUCGAGGAUCAACUUGAGGAGUUCCUCAAGGACCGAGAAGACGACCCAGAUUCAAAGGCCGGCCGCAGGCGUCGACUGGCAACAUCACCAAGAACCCAAAAGACCAUUCUAGAAACACAAAGAGAGUUGAGGAAGGCACGCGCCCAGGUGAAGGAGCUGGGUGAACUUCGCGACCAGGUCUCAACUCUUAGGAGUCAACUCAGAGCAGCAGAAAAGAGAGCCUCAAAGGCUGAGACACAGACAACGACUGUGCCUGACACUCCUCGCGAGAGUGCAAGGGCUCAGGAUCUACGCGCCCAGCUUCGUGAGGCCAAGGAAGAGAACAAGAGAAAAGACGAAGAGAUCCGCCAACUCAAGGAAGAGUUUGAGGCAUACCGAAAGGAGACCGAAGCCCAAGCUACGGAUAAGAAUGGAGUGUUGGAACGCGCCCAUUCAAAGAUUGCAGAACUCAAGAAGGAGAUAAGGACACUGAAGACGGGAGAACAAGCACCUACAACUCGACCAAAGAGCUGGCAUGUUCACACGGAGAUCAGUCGUCUAGCGGAGGAAAACUCUAGACGAAAGGAGGAAUCCUCAGAAAGGGCUUUCAAUCAGCGCGGCCAUGACCUCGAACGGCGAAGCUUCGACUUGACGGAUCUGCAAGGCGAGUCCAUUGGGCUCAAGGCGACAAACCCCAACGUCCCUUCAUUGCGACAGAAGUUCCACGAAGAUGCCCUCCCCAAGGUGACCCAAUCAGACGUUGGAACUACGAAGCAAUCAGGUCUUGGUGAUAGGCCAAAUCUUGGCCGACCUAGAUGGCAGCCAUUCGUGCCGCGAUCACCCAGGAACAGGGCUUAUCUCGGCGAGGAGCUCACCAAGCGCAUCGAGAGUGGAGGUGCCGCGUCCGGAGUCCCCGAAAUCGAUGACAUUGCCGUGCCUGAUCUACCCGCCCUCGCCAAGUCGAUUGCGCGCUCAAAGCGAAACACGGCAACCGACAAGGCAGAUGACAACAUUGAUCUCCUGCAGGAUCGCUUCACGCGUCUAGGAGGGCCAGAGCAGAGCAACGGCGCACCUCCAGCCACCACGUCGAAGAGCACACUACCACCGGAGCGUAGAGCAGCGGCGAUUGCGCGAAUCGAGCAGAGAAUGGCGGAGAAGAAGCGGGCGCAGAGAAGGAAGGGGUUUGACAAAGAGAAUGUUCGACCUUGA